AUGAUGAAGUGCAAACUGUCUGGUUCGGAACAAAUUGAACAAAGCCGGUUGGGUGGCCUUAUAUGGUUGAGGCGCGAACUUACCGACCGUAAGGCCCGUGGUUCCAACCCGAUCCCUGCAAAUAGACUGUUUGGGCAACCAGACAGCAUCUCGACGUUCGAACAUCCUUUGGGUAGCAUGGCACAUGGGCAUCGAAAAGGUGCUACAGCUAAACGACUGAUUACGGUCAACUACCAAACAAGCCGAUGA